GGAGGAUUACGUGAUGGACGCAAUUUUAUACAAGAAGUCAGAUCUCGAAGGACUCAGGGACAUGAAGGAAAUGUGGAAGUAUGCGUCAAUGAAAUGCCGAACGACGUUCCCAGAGAGCUCGGUGCAUUUGCAGAAUAUCAAGACGGCAAUGCGAACCACUCUUCCUUUGAUGAAGACUUCAGACACGAUGAGGGAGGUUCCAGUGUCAAACCAGUAUGCGUGUACUCAACGCCACUGAAAAAUUUGUUGUACCACUAUCCUUGUUGCCCAACCGACGCGUUCACGAAUAUCAAAGAAUUUUAUUUGAAUAGUAAAUUAAAUAGUAUAUUGGAAGAGGAUAAAAAGUGUAAAGUAGCUCUUAGGAAUUGGUGCGCUACUAUACGGGACUGGAGUAUCCAGGAAUUUGUAGAAUACUAUAAUAAACCCAAUGUAAAACCGUAUUUCAACGCGUAUGCUAGGGGGCCUGGAACAGUUUAUUAUGAUAUCGAAAAAUCCGUUUCAAUAGCUUCCGAAUUACUGAUGUAUCAAUUCGAAAAUAACGACGGUCUUAUUUGUCGGUUUUUGCAAACUCUAUUCAAUAUAGUGUGUGCUGGCCGGUAGCAUAUAAUAAUAACAUGCGCACCCCGGACACCUAA